CAACAAGCUUGCAGUUCAGUUCAGUGUCUAAAGCUGUCUCGACUCGAUCACAACUGAUUUAAAUAUUCUCGGUGUUUAUUCAAGUCUGACGCGCUCUGAGCGAGCAUCAACAAGUCUUCUCUGUUUGGAGCGAUAAAAACAAAAGCAAAUACAACAGCAGCGAUACAGACGAUAAUAGCUGUUAUAUAUAGAUAUCACAACAAUAAACAAAAAGACGCGCGCCGCUCUGAUCCAGCACACUUUCUCCCCGCCCCACAACAACCCCCAGCGCUCGCACCAGAGCAAAACGAGAGGCGAAAUGGCAAAUCGCCGCUACGCCAGCAUGGCAGUCAUCUGCAGCUUGAUUGCUCUUAUCGCAGUCUGCUCAGCCGGCACACUCAACGCUCGACCCGCGUUUCCUGCCCAAGCCGGCCAAACUCAGCCCUCUCUUGGCAAUACCAAGCAGCCCGCUCGCCGCAUCAUGCAUCCAGCCUUUGCCAAUGCUGGCCGUACACCUGGCCUAGAGAUCUGGCGCAUUGAGAACUUCGAGCCUGUGCCAUAUCCUAAGAAUACCUAUGGCAAAUUCUAUACUGGCGACUCGUUCAUCAUACUUAAUACCAUGCAGAAUCCCAAGGACAAGACACUCUCCUGGGAUGUGCACUUCUGGCUGGGCUCAGAGACCUCCACGGACGAGGCAGGUGCAGCGGCCAUUUUGACUGUGCAACUGGAUGAUAUUCUCAAUGGCGCGCCAGUGCAGCAUCGCGAGGUGCAGGAUCACGAAUCCCAGCUUUUCCUGGGCUACUUUAAGAAUGGCGUGCGCUAUGAGCAGGGCGGCGUUGGCACUGGAUUCAAGCAUGUGGAGGUCAAUGCUCCAGGUCAGAAGCGUCUGUUCCAGGUCAAGGGCAAGCGCAAUGUGCGUGUACGCCAGGUGAAUCUCUCCGUUUCCUCCAUGAACAAGGGCGAUUGCUUUAUUCUGGACGCUGGCAAUGAUAUCUAUGUGUAUGUUGGCGCCAAGUCCAAGCGCGUGGAGAAACUCAAAGCCAUUAGCGCCGCUAAUCAGAUUAGAGAUCAGGAUCACAAUGGACGCGCACGUGUGCAGAUCAUCGAUGAGUUCGGCACCGAUAUGGAUAAGGAACACUUCUUCGAAGUGCUUGGCUCUGGCGCAGCUGACCAAGUGCCCGAGGAAUCUACCUCUGAGGACGACGAGGCAUUCGAGCGUGCCGAUGCUGCCUCUGUUACACUCUACAAGGUUUCCGAUGCCAGCGGCAAGCUGCAGGUGGACACAGUGGCGCAGAAGCCAUUGCGCCAAGCCAUGUUGGAUACACGCGACUGCUUUAUACUCGACACUGGCUCCGGUAUCUAUGUGUGGGUGGGACGGGGCGCCACGCCCAAGGAGAAGUCCGACGCUAUGGCCAAGGCACAGGAGUUCUUGCGCACCAAGAAAUAUCCCGCUUGGACGCAAGUGCAUCGCAUUGUCGAGGGCGCUGAGUCGGCUCCGUUCAAGCAGUACUUCGAUACCUGGCGCGACACUGGCAUGGCCCACACUCGUCUCAUUCGCUCCGCUCUGAGCAUUAACUCCGAUGACUCGUUUGAUAUGGAUGAGAUCGAUGCACAGGUGGAGAAACUGAAGAAGAGCGGCGGUCGUGCAAUUGGCUUUAUGCCUGAUCAUGGCCAGAAUGCCAUUGCCGAGAUCACACAGUAUGUCAGCAAACCAGGCAGCAAUGAAGUCCUGCGCAACACUGUGGCCUUCGAGGAGCAGCUGCCACUGCUGGGCUUUGGCUCCUAUGUGCUUACCUACAACUAUGAGGCCAACAAUGGUGACAAGGGUGCCAUUGUCUAUGUCUGGCAAGGCGCUAAGGCCAAUGCAGCGGUUAAGGAGCGCGCUUUCGAGGAUGCCAUGGCCUUGGCUGUGGAGCUGAAUGCCAUGCUGGUGCGCACGUCGCAGGGUCAUGAGCCCAGACACUUCUAUAAGAUUUUCAAGGGCAAACUGCUGGCCUCCUAUACGGCGCUGCCCAUUUCGGCGCAACUGUUCCGCAUACGCGGCACUGUGGAGAGUGAUAUUCAUGCCAGCGAAGUGCCCGCCGAUAGCUCCUCUUUGGCCUCUGGCGAUGCUUUUGCUCUCGCCUGCACCAACACACACAAGGUGUACGUUUGGAAUGGUCUGGGCGCCUCAGAGUUCGAGAAGCAAGCUGCUAAGGAGCGCUUCGCUCACUACUGGCCCGAUGCACAGAUGGAGAUAGUCGAGGAGGGCGCUGAGCCACAGGAAUUCUGGGAUGAAAUCAAUGGUGAAGGCCAGUACGAUCGCAGUCUGGAGGAGGGCCAUGCACCACUUUUGGAAGCACGUCUGUUCCAUUGCCGCUUGACCAGCAUUGGCCGCGCCAAGGUUGAGGAGGUGGCGCAAUUCGAACAGGAAGAUCUGGAUACUGACGACGUUAUGCUGCUCGAUGCCGGCGAUGAGAUCUACAUGUGGGUCGGCUCAGGCGCCACAGCCGAGGAGAACGGCAAAAUACUGGACAUGGCUAAGCGCUAUAUCCACUCGGAGCCCACCUCACGCACCAUGGACACCGUUAGCAUUGUGCGUGUUACCCAAGGCCAGGAGCCGCGUGUCUUCAAGCGCAUGUUCCCCAACUGGCAGGACGAUUACUGGCAGUCGCUGCCUUCCUAUGAGGACAUCAAACGCCAGGUGCUGGAUGCCAACAAUGAGGUCUAAGCCCUGCACCUAACCGUAGAAUACUCAGCAAAAUUGACCAAAAAUUUUAAUUGCUCUUUUGCCUUUAUAAAACAAGCAAACAA